UUGGCCAGCGAUACAUAGCUGAGUUGUCGCCCUGCAUACCCGCACAAUCUUCACAGAGUCCAUAUGAACUGACCAUGUCAACUAAUGUUCACCUUGAAGUGGCGUCAAAUCAGCUGGCCCAAGAUCUGUCACAGAUCGUUGAUAAUUUCACGUUACUGGAUAUCUUGAGCAAAGAGGAACAGGAAAUGGUCCUGGAGCAGAAGAUUGAUAACAUUAAGAAGACGAACCAAGAAAGGAUGCGGAGAUACCAGGAAAUUGAGGAAGACAAACGGCGAGCAAGCCAAGAUGGGAUGACCAUUCCAAGCACCCCAUUGCAGGAACCUACAAGCCCCUCAUUUCCUCCAGACUUACCUGCAACCUCCCCUACUCAACAGUCGACAAGUCCAUCUGUAGAUAGCGGGCUUGCAUCACCAGCAUCAUCCAUUGAGAAGCACGGGGAUGAUGGAGGUGGGGGAAGGGAUUAUAUUCAGGAUGGGGAGAGGGUUGGAAGUGGAGGGUCAAGACGAAGACAAGAAUCUUCGGCCAAGGAACCUAGCUCGAUGAGAACACGCAGUGAGACAAUAGAGAUUAACCUUCACACAUCAGGCACUGGUCUUGGGUUUGGGGUCAUGAACUUCCCUGGUAUCGGCGUAACGAUCAAGACCAUCUUGCCAAACGGUGUUGCAGGAAUGGAUGGACGACUACAUUCUGGGGAUCUCCUUCUUGAGAUUAAUGGCGUGGAUGUAGAGAAAAAGACUCGCGAUGAGGUGUACAGCAUCCUUAAGGAAUGCAAGGGAGAAGUCAAUCUUGUUGUAUCAAGAGAAGUUAUACAGGUGCCAAAUAGAGGGCCGCCUCCUCAGAAACGAGAAGGCCAGAGAAGAGGGCCGCCUAAAGAAGCCUCCAGACCCAAGCGAGAGGAUUUGGUGGUGACAUUUCAGAAUGAUCAGAUGGUUCGAGAGCAGAAGGUGAAACGCAAAGUGACGAUUCGGGGUGGACAGCAAGAGGAUCUGAUGAUCUCUGUGGAGAAUGAUCAAGGGAAACCACCAGGGCGUGGUGGUGGGGGAGGAGGUGGUAGGGGGCGUGGUCGGACGGUCAGAGUCAGUAAAGAGGAAGUCAAGAGACGGGAGUUUGAACUGAAACAGAAGGAUAAUUACGAUAGAGUAGAGGCUGAAAUUGCUGCAAUGAGGGAAGCAUUAGAAAAUCAGAAAGCCACAGGUGUCACCGACUCCCCAUCAAAGUCUGUUUAUAGUUUCCUUGAUGACCCUGCCCGCUACGGGGCCGAUCCAGAUCAUGAACGCUCCGCUAAAGGAAAUCAACACAGCGGUGGAAGAAGGAAACAACACGUCAGAGGUGGGCAGGAGUCUGACAUUGGGGGAGGCAGAGGCCGCAGGAAAGACCAGCGUGGACGUGGGGGUCAUUCUCAAGGAAGGGGUGCGCCAGAGUCCACUACAGAGACGGUCACAAUGAGCGGGAAGGAACGGCGCGAGUACGAAGCCUGGAAGCGAGAACGCGAGAAGAUCGACCAAGAGCGCAUACGCAGACACAAACAAGCUACUACAGGAGACCAGGGAAUGCAGUGGAACCCUGGGAAGGAGAAGGCAGUCGAGGAAGAGUGGAAAGAAAAUGUUACUUUGCCGGCAAAACAAGAGCAGGGGGAUCAGGGAGAAAUGAGGAUCGGUCACUGGGAUGCAACGGAUGCAGUCACUAAUCAAAGAGACAAGAGAAGUGGGGGUGGACAUUUUGAACAUGAUGAUCGUGUCAAAGGUCAAACCCCUGACCAGGACCCACGCAUUGGGAGUGGACGAUUCACCCAAGAAAGUAAUCAGCGAGGCCGAGGAGGUGGGAGAGGAUUCUACCGCGGUGGCCGGGGCGCCGAUCGAGGGCGUCGGGGACGCGGGGGAAGCGGAUCCGACGAGAGUAGACCGGGCAGGCGAACCUCUCCGCAAAGUCCUCAAAAUGAGUCACCGAAUAAUUCUCAAGGAGACAACGGCCGACAACAAACAUCAGAGUCAAAUUCUCGAGAUGAUUCGUACGGGCAGUGGCAGCAGUCAGCGGGAUCUGACUGGAACGCUGGAGGCUCGUCGAAUACUACACAGUGGGAGAGUGAAUCAACCAAGGCAUUAAGAGACAACACUGAGAGCUUACACAUCGGCCCCUUGCCCAGUCCGUCAUCAGCGAGUGAUGGGGUUAAAUCCCCCAGGAGUCCAGUGUCUCCGUUUACUCCUACUGGUCACACCUUCCUGGUAGAUUGGGCUGCCGAAGUCGAAGCACGGCAUCCCGAUGAUGGUAGUUUUUCUACUGGGAAUGAUCUUGUUUAUAGCAAUUCACAGACAAACCAGGGUUUUUGA